AUGGGUUUGAGAGCUGAGCUUGCGAUCACCAAUCAAAAGCUCGAGCAAAAAGAGUCGGACAUGCAGAACUUUGCUGAGGAGAGAGAGAGGUUGGUGCUCGAGUUGGAUGCUUUGAGGAAGGAGAUGGAGAGUGAAAAACAACGACAGAUUGCGACAGAAGAGGAGAGAACUACGACACUAAAUACAAGACUGAUUGAGGAGAAGAGACUGGAAACCAAACUGGCCACUGUGGAACACGAACGACAAGAAGCUGCGCUCACGAUCGCAAAAUUGACUUCCGAGAAGGACGACAGCUCCAAGGAAUUUGACGCCCUAGCAUCUCAGCUGGAAAGCCUUACCAUUGAGUUAGAACAAACUAAGCAAAGCCUGGUCGACAAUGGUACUGAUUCAGACUCGAAGCUCAGGACCCUCGAAGCGCAGCUCCAAGAAACGCUAGCAGAGAAUGCAACGCUUAGCAAGCAGAGCCAACUCCUCAGACCUACGACGCCUAUGAACAAGACCGUCUCUUAUGGCAGAUCAUUUUCUAUGGGAAGCUUGAGCCAAAGAUCAGGCGCGGAAGACUAUUUUGUUCGCUCAGAGUCCGACUUUUCGGAUAUGGGCAAGGUCUUCUCUGCCAACGAAGCUGUCUUUGUCCAGAAGAUCAAGGAGCACGUUGACAGUCUGGAACACGCCAGAGAUCAGCUCAAUCAUGUGUAUAAGCAAAGGUUUGAAGCCAUGAAUGACGAGAGGGCUCGUCGUGAGGAACAGCUCGAGUCUCAGCAUGACACCGAACUCGAAGCCGCUCGCAACAAGCUGAGAGCAAACUACCCUCAACCUCCUCACAACACUGGCGCCAAGAGUUCGGCUUCUACUACGCCCUUCGACGGACACGUCGACGAGUUCCACAUGGAAGAUACACGGCUUGCCUCAGAACAUGCAGAGCGACUUGCGAACAGAAAAUCGCAGGUUCAACAUCAUCACAAUCUGCAGUUCCAGGCCCUGAGUGAUGAGUAUGACAAGAAGAUUGCCGAAUUGCUAGGCGAGAAGGACAUGCUAGACUCCGACCUCAGCAUCGGACCUGAACGCUUUGAGGAAAUGUCUGAGCAGAUCGAUCGUCUGCACAGCGCAACCAACAGUCCGGCCUCUAUCCGUCAUAGACCCUUGCGUUCACAAACCUCCAUUGAGCAUUUCCACGGUCAAGGCAACCAGCACCUGUACCGCAGCAUCGAAACUUACAAUCCUACGGCACGAACAGACUCGCCUAGCUUUGCGCGCCCUCAGUCUUCCUCUGCCGAGUCGCACACUUCGCUACGUCGUAAGAGCAGCCAUGGUCGACUUUCGCAAUUCAUUGGCAAGAUGUCGCCAUUCUCUUCCUCUCGCUCUUCUCGUUCUUCGGCUUCUGGUCCUUCCCGUCCUCACACCACAGGUCACCGCGUCGUCUCCACUCCACCUCCCUCUUCACGCCCCGAGUACUCGAAACACUCCAUCAGCGAAGGCUCAAGCACGAUAGGCAGAAACAGUUCACGACGUCCCAUGACUGCAGACGACCGCCAAGCCGACGACAUGGAUUUCUCCAUUGCACCUGAGAGAUUCGAAGCCCUCAGAGAAGGCCAAGAAUUGACGAGUGAAGAGUUGAGCAGAAGAGGCAGUGUGGUUGGGAGUGAACAUCAACCCCCACAGCACAAGAGUCCUAAGAUCUUGAGGCAUAUUUCGGGGUCCAUCAGGAGGAAGAUGGCUUCGUACGAGUAA